UAUUUAGCUAGUUUUUACAGGUCUAGAACUUGCAAAAUUAUCAAAAACAAUCAAGUUUUAACAACUAAAAAUACAAUUUUUUGUUUCGGCUUCGUGAUUAUUAGACCGCACGCUGGAUCUUACAUAACAAAUGUAAGGUUAUGAAAACUCAACCUCACUAAAAAGUGUCACAAAAAAGUAACAAUAAUAACAAGCAUGUCUGUGGUAAAAAGGGUUCAGCAAUGGGCCACCUUUGCAAGGAUAUGGCAUGUGUACGAUGCCGCUUGGCAGGACCCAUUUCAGUCCGCGCAACUGAUAAAAAAGUAUUUAAUGGGCUUAUAUAAACCAAUUUACCACCCAAUGAAUGAUUGUGGUGACCAUGUAAUUGUUAUAAACACUAAUGAGAUCGCGAUGCCUGAAGAAGAGUGGAAGAAACGGGCUUAUUUUCACCACACGGGUUAUCCUGGGGGUGCGUCUUGGACCCUAGCUUGGGAAUUACACAGCAAGGACCCGAAAUUAAUUCUCAAAAAAGCAGUUUAUAAAAGCAUGGCCGGCAAUUUGCAGAGACGGCACACAAUGGAGAGGCUGCAUCUUUUUGCUGAUGAAAAUGUACCGGCAGAUUUGAUGAAAAACGUUUCUAAUCAAAUAAGACAACUUAGACCAAUGCCAAAGAGACUAGACCAUUAUACUGAAGAAGAAGUUAAAUCAUUUCCAAAACUUAUCGAUUAUCCGAAAGAUUACAUUCUGAAAUAAUUUUUUGUUAAGAAAAUAGUUUUCAAAUAUAAAAUAGUCACAUUAUUUUA